UGUUUUUUGUUUGCCUCGUACUCACUCGCUCUCUCUCCUCUCUCUCUCUCUAAAUGUUGUUAAAGAACAUGAACACCCUAAUCUCAACGUCUCUCUGCAAUCGGCACAUCUUGAAGGUACCCAUAACCUCUUCAUUUCUCAGGAACAGCUCGUUCAAUACCCAGUUUCGCAGUAAAAGUAUCAAAAUUCAUGCGGGUUCAAAUGAAUUAGAUACACAGACGGUAGAGGAAUUUAAGCAAGAACUAGAACAACCCAAUGGAAUGAGCAACAUAGAACAAGAAGCUGAAGGAUUAAACCAGGCUUCAACAACAGUAACACCUACUGGUCCUGCAAUCGACAAAGACCUCAAGAAGGUUGUUCAGAAAACUGCUGCAACCUUUGCACCAAGAGCUUCUACUGCUACCAAAAACCCUGCUGUACCUGGAACCGCUUUAUAUUCAGUUUUUGAGGUUCAAGGAUAUGCCUCAAUGUUGUUGGGAGGGGCUCUCGCUUUCAAUCUUAUAUUUCCAUCAAAUGAACCAGACAUAUGGAGAUUAAUGGGGAUGUGGUCCAUCUGGAUGUUCACUAUUCCUUCCCUUAGGGCCCGAGACUGCUCAAAGAACGAGAAAGAAGCCCUGAACUAUCUCUUUCUCCUUGUACCACUCCUAAAUGUGACAAUUCCAUUCUUUUGGAAAUCAUUUGCAGUCGUUUGGUCUGCAGAUACUGUAGCAUUCUUCGCGAUGUAUGCAUGGAAGCUUGGGUGGUUACAAAAAAAGGACUAAGAGUUCAAUGGAAUCACCUUCAUUCGAUUGGAUCAGUCGGCUCAUUCGUUCCUAACUGAUUCUCAAAUUCAUGCUUCAUGUUGCGUGCCAUAUCUGAUUAAUUUUAACCCCUCACAAAAUGAAGCAACUUGCUGCCAGAAUGAGGAACUUAAUAGAUGGGCAGGGUAUUUUGCCCCUUGCCUUUCUUAGGCAUAUACAUACACUUUUUUUCUUGUUGAUGUAUAUUAAUAUUUAUUAUCCAAAAUUUUUGUGGGUUGGCCAGUCAAAUAUAUUGUAGCUAUGCGUAUGCUUGGGAUACAUUGUGCUGUUAUGUUGAUGUGGAUAAGCACUUUAUAUAUAGUUCAUACAGACAAUGCAGUAUGAUGAUGAAUCUCAAAGCUUGAAUUUUUCUCCAA